AUGGAGACUACGCGUGUACCCUUCGCGCCUCAAGGCGAGACGCUGAAGUAUGGCUACACGAAAGGCCACCUUGUAAUGGAGCAGGAACAGCCGCAGCAAUUGCUACAGCAGCAGCGAAUGCUGCAACAACAGCAGCAAAUGCUGCAGCAGCAGCAGCUGCAGUUUCCGCAACAAUCUCAGGAGUAUCAAGAAAUACGACAACAGGAUUCACUGCGGGAACAGCAGUAUGAACAGGAACAAAGGCAAUGCUCGCAGCAGCAGCGUCAACAACAACAGCAGCAAAGCCAGAAGGGAUACUCCACUUGCGGGGGAGACGAGGGCGUGCUGCCUUCGGGACCUCUCUUUGUUGAGAAAAUGUCUCUUCUUAUGAAGCAGCUUGCCACUUCAGGAGACGAGGCAAGCGGCCGACCGAGUGUGGCGACGCGAUUCGACUCAAUAUGCCCACCGGCUACGUCCAUUGCUGCAUACAUUCCUCGCCUGUAUCGACACUUUCGCUGCUCUGAGGAGGUUUUCGUGUUCGCGCUCAUCUACCUUGACCGCGUCAUCCGCGCAAACCACAUCAGGAUCAAUGCACUCAAUAUUCACAGACUCGUGCUUGCUGCCAGCGUUGUCGGAGUUAAGUUUGUAGAGGAUGUAAGGUACAGCAACAGAUACUACGCCAGGGUUGGUGGAGUGAGCCUGACGGAGCUAAACCGUCUGGAGCUCGCGUUUCUCAAGCUGGUCAAGUUCGAUUUGAUGGUUUCAAAAGAGGAGUAUGCAGUUUAUCGCAGCACGGUCCUCCUCGCCUGCCCAUGGCGGCCUGUAUCCAGUGUACCGCAAGUGGAGGCAGAGGAACAGCAGCAACAGCAGCAACACUUUGUGGGGGCAGCUGAUACAAGGGUUGGUGGUGUAGACUGCCGCAAUUCCCUCAUGGGUCCAACGGAUCAGCAGAAUUAUGGAGAUGCUCAAAUUCCUAUGGAGCAGCAAGGGCGGCUGUAUGCGCUUGUGCAGCAGCAGCAGCAGCAGCAGCGGGAACAACGGCAUCAUGAGCAGCAGCAACAUUGCUUAAGUGGCGUGGUGGCGACUUCAACAGCUUCUACAGUGUCAACCACACCUGAAGCUGGUCCUCCAAAUUUGCCAUCGGGCACUUCGUUUGGUUCCAGUGCAGGCGCAGUGGUAGCGGCUGCCGUGGCGGCAGCUGACCUCAUCCAGCAACAUCAGUUGGAUAGGCUGAUGGAGAGCUUACAAAGAACCGAAGUCUCUUCACAAGAGGAGGCAUUGAUGAGAUGCCCACUCCAGCAGCAGUGGCAGAGCUGCGGUGUGCAAUAUGUAGGUGCUUACGAGCAGCAGCACCCGCAGCAGCAGCAGCUGUCGCUGCAGCAGACACGCUUGAUGCUGCAGGCCCAGGCACAGCAAGCUCAAUCACAACAGCAGCAAAAGGUCUCGAAGCAGCAAGGCCGGUUGUGCAGUCCAGAGCGGCUCCUGGAGCUGCAGCACCAGCACCACCGACAGAUGAUAGUGCACAGCAGCUGCUGCUGCUGCGGGAGCAUCAUCAUUAGCAGCAGUUGCUGCUGGAGCAGCAGCAGCAACAGCAACUGA